AUGAACGAUAAUUUCUGCCGGGCCCUGGUGGACCGCAGGCCCAUGGGGCCCCCUAGCUGCAUGCAACUGGGUGUCGUGCCACCUCCUAGGCAGGCGCCGCUGCCCCCAGCCGAGUCCCUGGGCAAUGUACCCUUCCUGCUGUACCAGGGCCAUGCGGAGACACCUUACUACGACGCCUACGCGGGGGUGUUCCCCUACGUGUCUUUCCCCGGCGCCUUUGGGGUCUACGACUACCCCUUCGAGCCCGCCUUCAUCCAGAAGCGCAACGAGCGCGAGCGACAGCGCGUCAAGUGCGUCAACGAGGGCUACGCGCGCCUCCGCGGCCACCUCCCGGGCGCGCUGGCAGAGAAGCGGCUCAGCAAGGUGGAGACGCUGCGCGCCGCGAUCCGCUACAUCAAGUACCUGCAGGAGCUGCUGAGCGCCGCCCCCGACGGCGCGGCCCCGGCCGCCGCCUGCAGCCACCCGGGCAUCGGGCCCACCGCUCCCCGGCCAGACUGCCCGGGCGACGGCGAGGCCCGGGCGCCCCCCUCCCUGGUGCCCGCGUCGUCCGAGUCCUCCUGCUUCUCCUCCUCGCCCUUCCUUGAGUCGGAGGAAUCCAGCCAUUGA